UUUUGGUGCCAUGUCGCAAUAAUAUCUUGAGAAAUUAUAUUUCAAUAAAGGAAAUUUAAGUGAUGGUUGAAUAUUGUGUGGCGGAACGAUACAAUGUAUGCGUUACAAACUUCGCCAUUGGUGGAGUAAUCAGUUGAUGUUUGAUAUUGUCGAUUGAUGAUCGGAAUUACAAGAGGUGAAAGGGAACCAAGGCAGAGGAUAACAGUGAAAAUACGCAACAUGAAGAGGAGUUCAGAUCGAGACACACCUCCACGAAGCAAAAGAUCUCGCUCUAGUAUUGGAAGGUACGAUGAUAGUUCAGAUGAAAGAAUUACUCCUGAGCGGAUUCGACGACGAAGUCGAGGCAGAUCGCCGAGCCCAAGGGGUCGAUACCCCUCCGAGGGUUCCCACAGAGACGACUAUGGACGUUCAAGGGAAAUGUCUGAGAGAUCGUACCCAAGUUACAAAGUGUUAUGUGUGAGUGCUUUGCAUCCCAAAGCCAGCGACGAGGUUAUCAAGGACACAUUGUAUAGAGAAUAUAAGAAAUUUGGAGAUCUAAGUGUUCGAAUUUCUCAUGAUCUCGAUGAGAGGGUUGCAUAUGUUUGCUUUAGAAGUUCAGAUGAUGCUCGUGAUGCAAAACAUAACAAGCCUAGAAUAAUACUGUUUGAUAAAGUAGCUUUAGUUGAAGCUGUAUAUGAAAGUAGCAGGAGUUCCAGUGAUAUGUAUCGUAGGGGACCUAGUAGGCCAAGAAGUAUAAGCCCAGAUUAUGAUAGGUACUACCAUCAGCGCUCUAGGUCACCAGGCCCAGAGAGACACAGACCAAGUGAGAGUCGUUAUGAACGCUCGUAUGGACCUCCUCCAGGCCUUCCUCACCGUGAGUUUCGUAGAGAAGGACCACCACCACCACAUCAUGAAUUUAUGAGAGCUCCUGUUCAUCAUGGUCCACCUCAUGUUCCCCCAGGACCACCUCAUCAUUAUGGCCCACCAAGACAUAUUGUUCCAGGGGGUUUCAAACCCCAUCCUCAUUUUGAAAAAUUUGAUAACAAGAAAGAUAAAUUUCCAAAUUAUCUACAUCAUGUCCCACCAGAAGAUGAUCCAUUGGCAACAAGGACCUUGUUUGCUGGUAAUUUGGAAAUCAAUAUUUCAGAGGAAGAGCUUCGUAGAAUCUUUGGCCGAUAUGGUAUAGUAGAAGAUAUUGAUAUAAAGCGUCCACCUCCAGGAACAGGAAAUGCAUAUGCUUUUGUAAGAUUUCAGAAUUUAGACAUGGCUCAUCGUUCAAAAGUUGAACUUUCAGGCCAGUAUAUUGGUAAAUUUCAGUGCAAAAUUGGAUAUGGGAAAGCAACACCCACUACAAGAAUUUGGAUUGGUGGGCUUGGGCCAUGGACAUCAAUAUCCCAGUUGGAAAGAGAAUUUGACAGGUUUGGUGCUAUAAAGAAAAUUGACUAUGUAAAAGGAGACAGCUGUGCAUACAUCUUGUAUGACUCUAUUGAUGCUGCACAAGCUGCAGUUAAAGAAAUGCGUGGGUUCCCACUUGGAGGUCCAGAACACAGGCUUCGUGCUGACUUUGCAGAUGUAUUGCCAGGUGGUUUCAGUGGUUUCAAGCCACGACCUUUUCCUGAAGAUAUGGCGCCAGGUGGAGAUUUUAGGGUUAGAGUGCCAGGUCGUGAUGAUUUUGCUUAUGAACCUGGGUAUGAGCCCUGGACUGAGGGGGAAUUUUCAUAUGGUCCACCACGGGGAGGUUUCCGAGGCCGGGGGGGUGCAAUACCAUGGCAUGAUCGCAGAGGUGGUGGACGAGGUGGGUAUCGUGGAGGUGGGUAUCCUGGGGAUGCUUACAUGAGGGAGGAACCAGACUGGGUGACCAGGAGACCACCUCCUGAACUGGAGUAUGAGAUUCCACGCCCUCCAAGAAGGUCUGGUUCAGGAGAGCCAGGGGUGGAGAGGUCCAGAUCACGGUCCCCUCGCAGACACUCUGUUGAAAGUGACUCAGGUUCAGAUGGAAGACGUAAUGGGAUGCUGGGUUCUGCACGCACUCUGCCAGAACUGGCACGCAAGUGUGUUGCAGUGUGGCAGGGUGCCCUGAUACUGAAAAAUUCUCUUUUCCCAGCAAAAUUCCAUCUGACAGAUGGUGAUACAGACAUUGUGGAAGGCCUUAUGAAGGAUGAUGAAGGCAAACAUCACCUGCGUAUUACACAGAGACUGCGACUUGACCAGCCCAAACUGGAAGACGUUUCAAAACGUAUUUCUUCUUCUAGUUCCCAUGCAAUAUUCCUUGGGUUGUCAGGCUCAACAGCGUCAGUUUCCAGUGAAGAUGCUUCUGUUCAAACGCGUCCUCUGAGGAACCUGGUGUCAUAUCUGAAGCAGAAGGAAGCAGCUGGUGUUAUAUCCCUAGUGAACAAGGAUACAGAAGCCACUGGUGUUCUUUAUGCAUUUCCACCAUGUUCUUUUUCUACAGACCUCUUGAAACGAACUGCACCAAAUCUCUCUGAGGAAGGCUUGAAGGAGGAUCACUUGGUUAUAGUAGUAGUGCGUGGGGGGAGUGCUUAAUAAAGUGAGACUGCAGCUUGCUUACAAAUUGAUGUUGAUAUGUCCCAGAAAUUCACUCCUUAUCUUGUUCUAGGAUUUACUUCUCUCCAGAAUGAGGGCAUAAUUUCAGCAAUGUAAAUGUAUGGCUAGGUGUAUUAUUAUGUUUGUAGCUGUAAUACCGUUAACAAAUUGUUUCAUGUAUGCUGCAAGUGGAAGACACCCAAGCUACAGGAUUGAUUGAUGAAUGUAAUAUCUUAAGUAAAAGAAGUUUGUAUCCUUACAGGGAAUGUAUUCAGUUAUUGGCACAGUUGAAAGUUUAUUUAUGUGAUUUUUUUUUCUUACACUAAGUAGAAAAAAUGUAACAGUUUUCAUUGUCUUUACAAUUUGCUUCAGUGUUUUUUUUAAGUACAAUAAUAAUAUAUGUGAUUGUGACAAGUUAUCACUUUGAUAUGAAGACCCAGAAGUGUGUGUAUGGUGAUGUGAAGUUGAUCACACAUUUGGUGUGUUUUUAAUUGAUCAUACAUGACUUGAAACAAUUCAAAGCACUUGUUUUGCUAGUAGCAUCUCUGCUAGUAAACUGUUUCUUGAUUUUCUUCUUAACACUUGCAAUUUUGAAUUAAAAAAUGGCAUUGUAUUAGAUGUGAUUAAAAAAUUAUAAGAAAAGAUCUGCAAAGGAUGCUCUGUGGUGAUGUGCUGGUUCAAGUUAUGGUAUGGUUUAUAACUGUAAGGGACCCUCCCACUGCACAGUCCAUGGACUCAGAGACUGUGUUGUGAGUGGCGUGAUAUGUCCGGAUGGACGGACAGUGGUUCAGUAGUGAGUGAAAGUGCAGUGGGAUGGGACCUAACCUGACAGUUGUGUUUGUGUUAAGUGUUGUAAUACCAAGUUUUGUAAGUGCACAGUGUAUUAGUGUUGUGUUCGCGCCAUGUCCUGAGGGGUUAAAGAUUAAUUUUUGUAUGACAAGUGUUCAUAAUAUUUUGUUGAGUUCAUUAUUCUUUAACCCUGGACAUCUGUGUGCGGUGUGUGUGGAAUUGUGUCAAAUAGAGAAGUUCUUGCAGACAACUUGAAAAUCUAAUUAUUUACCCCAGUGCCACAUUGUUACGUGAUGGGAAGUUACAAACACAUUGUGUUUUCAAGAAAAUUUCAGUGUUUCUAAACUAACAUUUUGGAUCAAAUCAUAAUUGUGUUUGUGUAACUGUUACUGGCCAGUGUGAGUAGUGCAUUCACAUUGAAUCCAAAAUGUUACAACACUCGUCAUGUUUGUGAAUCUUCCCCCAUCAUGUGCUUUUGUUUUUCAAAGUUGCACAAUGUCUGUGAAGUAGUUUGUACCUUGAAAAAACAAGAUGUUCAGCAGUUUUCAAAAUUCAGUUCCCAGUGUUAAAAAAAAUUAUUGAAUGUGGAGCAAGAUAUGCUUCCUGUAAUGAACAGGUGACAACAAAGUUGAGAGUUCAUCAUGUGUUUUGUGAAGGCUGGUUAUGGGUGGGAACCAGAAUGACUGGCACUCAGUGCUGUAAGAAACAGUUACCAAACAGUAUUCGUUUCUGGUGCACAAAAUUAUGUUAUGCUGUUUAAAUAAUGCUUAGGUCAUUUAUUUUUCUGUUGGAAGAGAGUCUCUUGUCACCUUUGAUAUGGUUUUAGGGUAUCUGCAGAGGUGUUGAUUAUCUGUAAAGGUGUACUUCUAAAUUGUGGGUUGGGAACAGGGUUAACAACAAUGUGCUGUAGAAGAAAAGAUUCACAAUGGUUUCUUAAAUGAAGGAAAGAACAGAAACAAAAGAAAACAUGUUUUAAAAUAGAACUGGAUAAGAAGAAUGUUUGAAUAUGAGAACUGAAGUGGAUAAUGGAGAGUGCUGACUCAGCUGUUUCACCAUGAAGCAUAACAGUAGUUAGGUGGGCUAGCUCCAGGCAGGUUAAGACAGUCAUGCUGUUAGGUUGAUUAUACCAUCCUGCAGUGAGCAGAAGAGUACCUUGGUAAUGAGUGAAUACACUUCAAAGGUAGGUAUUCAUUACCUGAUGAGGGGAAGGAGGCAGUGGAGUUGUCUGAUGUGUGUCAUGACCACAUCAGUGUUAGCAGUGAGUAGGAAUGAAGUCCCUCAUUGAUGAGAUAAUACACUUAAGAGGUAGGUAUUCAGUCCCUGCUCAGGGGGAGGGAAGUGGCAUUGUAUGGCGCCCAUUUUGGCCACAUAAAUUUUAGUUUUGGUACCCAUACCAGUUGUUUCACAGUAAUCUAGUUCAUCAUUCUGAGGGAACUGCACUUUGAUUUGACGAAACACAACAGAAUGUAGGAUGAGAAGCUGUCAUGGGUCUGAUUGUGAAUUGUUUUUAUAUAGCUGUAGUUCUUAAAGUACUUUGAGGUCUUAAUGGGAGUAAAAGUAUGGACUGUGGUCUUCUGGUUUGUGACACACAAUGUAGUCUUAUAGGUGGUUGCCCGAGAGUCUUUCAUUAACUUUGGUCGUGGCGAAAGCUUCACUUUGUACAUUCCUCAGAAAUGUUGGUGUCCACCUAAAAUACUACAGUGUCAAAACCCUUAUCACAAUGGCUCUCAGUUACAGAUUAUGGUUUACUUUCCAACAUUUAUAGCAAGAGUUACUCAGUGAUUCAGUUAUGACAGUCUGGAAUAUGUCACUUGAAAUAAACCAUUAACAUGCAAUAUAUAUUUGUGUUAAAAUUGUUAGUCAUGUGAAUACAAUGUAUUAGGGACAUCACAUAUUUGGCAUGUGGCAGAUGUGACCAGGUUUCUAAUUUAACUGGAGGGUUUGGAAGAUCCAAUGACCUGUCUCAUACUUGUUGCUAUGUGUAAAUAACAUAGAUGUGGAUAAUGAGAGUCAAUUACAAAUACCAUACAGACUGAAUCUAGAACCUCCACUGACAGAAGUCAGCAUCUAACGACAUGAAUUAUGGUUUAGUCCUUUAUAUAUUUUGACAUUACCUGUAAUUCCUCUGCUUUGCUGCCAUGUCCAUAAUGUUUCUGGGGCCCAGUAUCUAGGAACAGAAUAACCAAGUAUGAAGGCAACAUCCUAGCAUUCUUUUAUGAAUCACUUCAAGCACUGUUUUCAAGUUACAAAAAAAUAUGUUACUGAUGUGUGUGGUGUUGACAGGACACACUUGUGGCUCUUGUUCCCAGACAAAUCACUUGCCCACCAUCUGUGACACAUGUAGUAGUAUGGGGUUAACAUAUCAACAGUAGACACAUGACAAUAUGGACUGCAAAUUAGGCCCUUUGGCUUCUUCUGAAGCAUCACAACACUUGGCUAGUCAAAAGUCUUGUCCCAAACAGGACCUGAAACCCUGAUCUCAUCAGGCAGCUCAAUGCCAUGCACAGCUUACUCUUUCCAUCAGUGUUGUUUAAAAUUGAAUGGGCAAGGGAUGAAGCCAUAUACUGGAAGGCACCUGUGCUGCUAAGUGAAGAAAACUUGAUGAAGAUGCAUCUCUAUGUGUGCAAAGUACCCUUAAAACAUAAUUUCAUUUUGCUUAAGAACAAAUUGCCAAGUUCCAUUCAUAUGUUUUUACACAAGGAAAAUAGGGGAAAGAAUACCCUUACCUAAAUCCAAAUUUUGCUGUAUAAUCUGUCGGAUUAGCAUGUCAGUUGCAUGGAGACUUGUAUGUUAGUGCCAACAGCUGUCCUGAAGGGACAUGAUUCCUUAAAUGGAGUUGACAUAACCUGUCCAUACUGAAGAGAACUGGGUGCAGAAGAUUUUCCUGGAAAUUUUCAGAUAUGUCCAGCCUUAACUUUUAUAUUUUUACCAUGCGUGAUUCAUAAUCAGACGUAUGGAACAAAACUGUAUCAUGGGAAAGUAAGAUUACAUACUGCAUUGCAUAUAAAGUACAUUUGUAAUACCUAGAUGCCAUGAAUGUGAUAUUUAGUAAGAAAACCAAUUUUGAAUAAAUAUAUUAGAGACUUAUUGAA